AUGGCGAAAUCCGAGACUGAACUUCGUUCGAUUCUCGACGGAGGAUUCGAUCGGGAAAGGUUCCCCUGGUACGUGGCGGAUCUAGAGGAGGUUCCUGAGCCGGCCAAGACUUUGCUAGAGAAGUACAGCAAGAUCUCGCCGGGGGAGGUGGUGCACCAUGUGAAAACAGUCCGAGAUCGGGCUUUCUCUGUGUUCCCAUACCCCUGCAUCGGCUCGUUCCGCUUCUUGGACAUGAGCGUCCCUCAAUCGCCACAUUACUCCGAGAUUCUAGAACGGCUCAAGUCUGGCCAGAAGCUGCUGGACGUAGGCUGUGCAGUUGGACAAGAGCUGCGUCACCUGGUCUUCGACGGCGUACCUUCAGAGAACCUCUACGCAUCUGACCUCCGCCUUGACUUCUUCGAGAUAGGUUACGACCUCUUUGCGGAUCGUGACAGUCUGAAGUCCCAAUUCAUCAGCGCAGACAUCUUCGAUGAUAACUCCGACUUAGUAAACACGCUAACCGGCCGAGUCAACAUCAUCAAUGCCGCGUCCUUCUUCCAUCUCUUUACCUGGGAUCAGCAGAUCACUAUUGCCAAGCGGGUGGUUAGCUUGCUUUGUGCACAGCCUGGGUCUUUGUUGAUUGGACGGCAGGUUGGUCGACAAGACCCGCUAAAUCAAGAAGCUGACGAGAAACACUACCGGCAUGAUCCAUCGACGUGGAAGAGGCUUUGGGAUCAGGUUUCAAAGGAGACGGGCACGAAGUGGGAUGUUCAGGCUUGGAUGGAAGUAUGGGAGGGCCCUGAUCGAGCCAUGAGAAGCUUUCAUGGCGGAGUGCAGACUUUCAAGUUGAGAUUUGCUGUUAGGAGGCUGUAG